GAAAUCGAAUGUACAGUUUACUGUUAAGAAGAUUCAAGAUAUUCAUUCAAUUUCACUAAAGAAGCACAUGUUUCAACAGAGUUAAUAACUUUUUUCUCCAGGGUCUCUAGAGGCAGUUGAUUUUGCUUGGAAUGGCGGGCAGCAACAUAAAUCAGCCCUUAUUAGACCAGCUGCCUAAAACCCUUCAAAAUGUUGAUUCAAGGAGAAGAAGACUUCGUCGACUUAAAAGUGCUCCUAUGCCGGAAUUUGUUCCUGGAGAAAUGAAUGACAUAAAGGACGACCAAUCACUCCCACGUUACGAGUCAAUAUUGGAUAAAUUACAUCCGAGUUUUAGGAAAGUCAUUCUUUACUUGGUUAUAUACUUGACAAUUGGUACCACGUGCUUUUACUUUGUUCAGAACCAAAUCCAGGGAAAGAAAGUAAAUGGAGUACUCGAUUCUGUUUACUUCUGUGUGGUAACAAUGACCACUGUUGGAUACGGGGACCUUGUGCCUAACAGCGCAACUGCUAAACUGCUUGCUUCUUUCUUUGUUUUCUCCGGGAUGGCACUUGUUGGAAUGGUUCUAAGUAAAGGAGCAGACUACCUAGUGGAGAAACAGGAAACCCUAUUAAUCAAAGCAUUGCAUAUGCGUGAUAAAGUUGGCCCGAGUGUUAUUCUAGAGGAAAUUGAAACCAACAAAGUGAGGUACAAGUGCUUCGUCAUAACAGCCACUCUUGUGGUGCUAAUAGUUGUUGGAACGGUGUUCCUUGCCGAGGUAGAAAAGUUAAGUACCAUUGAUGCCUUUUAUUGUGUCUGUUCUACCAUCACAACUCUAGGAUAUGGAGACAAAAGUUUCUCAACUAAAGCGGGGCGUAUUUUUGCUAUAUUCUGGAUUUUGACCAGCACCCUUUGUUUGGCUCAGUUCUUCCUUUAUGUAGCUGAAUUUAACACAGAAAGGAAACAGAAGGAGCUGGUGCAGUGGGUUCUUUCGAGAAAGAUGACAAAUGUGGACUUGGAAGUUGCUGAUCUUGAUAACGAUAGGAUUGUAGGAGCUGCUGAAUUUGUGGUAUAUAAACUUAAGGAGAUGGGAAAGAUCACCCAAGACGACGUAUCACUCUUGUUGGAUGAGUUUGAAUGUCUUGAUGUUGAUCAGUCUGGAACUUUGUCAACCACAGAUUUGUCACUUGCCCAAUCAUCUUGAAUUGGAAUGCAACUGCAGUGCUACGUAAAACUCCAUCUUCAGCUCCCGUGUCACACUGUUUCCACGAGCUUCUGAGAGUUUUCCUGGGACGAGUACAUUCUUUACCACACUUGCAGACUCCUAUCUAAAUCUUGAACGCUAUUUCCUUGUGUCUUGAGUGCUUUUGCACAUGUAUUUCAGUCAUUUCCGUCCUGAUUUAGCUCCCGAGUGAUUUCACUCUAUCCACUUCAUAGAAUGCACCAUGUACAUGCAGUGUUAAUAAUUAUACUAAAAAGUACAGUUAUUGUGGCUUUGCUGGUGGAGUAGGCUACUCAACUCAGAAAUUGUACUCUGAAUUGUGUUUCUCCUGAAAGAUUGUUUACAGAAAUCGCGUAGCGCCUUUGUCUGGUGGAACUUGUAAGCCAACUGAGCUAUUUGAUGUUCAAAAUACAAGUGAUGUAAAUUUACCAA